AUGGCUACAUUCGACUUCCAGGGCAUCGCGACGCAGUUCGUGGAACACUACUACACGACUUUCGACACCGACCGGUCGAAGCUGGUGCACCUCUACAGGGAAAAUUCGAUGCUCACAUUUGAGGGCACUCAACAGCUUGGCGCUGUCAAUGUCGGCGAGAAGCUUGUGAACCUCCCGUUCCGGAAGGUCAAGCAUCAGUACGGCGCGCCCGAUGCGCAGCCGACUGCCGCUGGUGGCAUUAUCAUCCUGGUGACCGGCCAGCUUGUGGUCGAUGAUGAGCAGCGCCCUCUUCCCUACUCGCAGGCUUUCCACCUGUGCCAGGACCCCACUGGCCAGUGGUUCGUUUUCAACGACAUCUUCAAGCUUGUCCUUGGUUAA